UGUUUGGAAUGGACUACCUAGCCACAAGUCCAUGGCUUGAAUACAGGUGUGUGCCGUGGCCUCACAGAAUCCAGAAAUUAAAGGAUUACUCUUAACUGCCAAACACUGGAGAUCUAGAGUACCAAAGACCUCAUGAGGGUAGAGAAUGUUUAAUCACUCCUACUUCUGCUCUGUUGAAUAGUGCUUUUGAAAUGUGCAUUUGGACACUGAAAGAUCUCAAUGCUGUAUCUGAUGGAUUUAUAACUAUUCAAAGAAACCGUCUGAGAUAACCAACUGUGUUCACUUGCAUGAAUGAGGAAUGAGAAUUUUCUGGACAUUCGUCAUGGAUUUCUAAAUUAACUUCUCCCAUGAACUCUUUUCAUGGUGCACAUCACGCCACUCUAAAGAGGAACUUGAUAAUGGCGAAAAACACACAUCAUGUCAUUAUGUUGCUGCCUUUCCCAGAACACAUGUACUGGGGAGGGAUUCUUCAAGGACUGUAUCCACCCCCUCUAUCACUCUUCCCUCUUCUUCUUCUAUCGUUGUUGCCCUCGGUUGCAUUUAGUAGCGUACCAGGUUUGGAAUAUGACUGGGGAACACAACCCAAACUUGUUUGCAUCCCUAUUCCUGCAGAUACAGACCCUAGUUGUUUCAAACCAGGUGGGGCUGCACAUGGGUCUAAUGGCAAUGGGCAUGGAAAUGGACAUGGGAAUGGACAUCAUGGGCCAGUUAGUGGGCUGCCAAAUGGUCAUAGUAGUAGUAGUAGUAGUAGUAUCCGACAUGGUAUCUCUGAUGAGGCAAAAGCCACUAUUCUUCACCUGAGGGAGAGCCUUGUGCGACAGAAAGAAACCAUCCUGGAUCAGCGAGAGACAAUUCGGGAACUGACAGCAAAAUUAACCCUCUGUGAAAGCUUUGGGAGAGGGGCAGGAGGGCACCACGAUGACCAUCAUGGCCCUUCACACCACAACUCUCAUCAUUCCUCACACCACUAUGACAACAAUCAUGCUGAUCCACACUUUCCUUUAAAUGGGCAUCGCAAUGACCAUCACAGAGGCAAAUCUCCAUAUCUCGGCAAACAUGGGAGCUUCUCCCCAGAACAAACAGGAAAGACCUUGCAAGCUUUGAAGGAGAGACUGGAAAAUAUUCAGACAAGAAAUUUUUCCAGCUCCUAUUCAAGUUCAUUGAGAGAUCUCCUACAACGUAAAAUCAACGCACUGGAAGAACAGCUCCAUCAUCACUAUGAUAGUAAUCACAACUAUGGUCACCAUGACAAUCAUCAUGGAAAUGGCCAUCAUGAUGAUCACAAUCGCCAUGACCAUGAUGACCACCGUAAUAAUCCCCACAAUAACCACCAUGACCAUGAUGACCACCAUAAUAAUCCCCAAAAUAACCACCAUGAUGACCAUCAUGAUAAUCAUGACAAUCACCAUGACAACCACCAAGCAAACCAUCACGAUGACCAUCACUCCAACCACCAUUAUAACCACCAAUACAGUCAUCACUACGACCGUCACAAUGACAAUCACCGUGAUGUCCGUGGCCAUGAUGACCAUCAUGAAACCCACCAUAACAACCACCAUGAUGAUCAUCAUGAUGAUGGCCAUCAUGACAGUGGUCAUCAUGGUGAUGUUCAUCAAAGCAAUGGUCACCAUGAUGAUGGACACCAUGGCAGUGAUGAUAAUGGCCACCAUCCACAAAUCCCAUACAAGCCAAAUGGGUCAAGAGCUCCUGCCCGUGGAGCCCACAAACCCUUAGACACAUUGCUUGGCAAUCUUCACCACAAGACUCCUGAAGCAGGACCAAACAAUAAACCUAAGAAUCCUGACGCUUUUCAGAUUGGGUUCCCAAUGCGCACAAACUAUAUGUAUGGACGGAUCAAGCGCACCCUUCUGAAUGAGAUCUUCGCCUUAACAGUUUGUCUUUGGCUGAAAGGGGGCUCAGGUCCUGGGAUCGGAACCCCAUUCUCAUACUCUGUCCCAGGCCAAGCCAAUGAACUUGUCCUGAUUGAGUGGGGCAACAAUCCCAUGGAGCUACUAGUGAAUGACAAGGCCAUCAACCUUCCUCUUUCUUUGACGGAUAGUAAAUGGCACCACCUCUGUGUGACAUGGUCCACACGUGAUGGCAUGUGGGAAGCUUAUCAGGAUGGUGUGAAAAGGGGCUCUGGAGAGAAUCUGUCCCCUUGGCAUCCAAUUAAACCAGGAGGAGUCUUUAUCCUCGGACAAGAGCAAGACACUUUGGGUGGCCGUUUUGAUGCCACACAGUCUUUUGUGGGCGAGAUGUCGGAUCUGCAAUUCUGGUCACGUGUUCUGACCUCUACUGAGAUCUACAACCAAGCUUCCUGCUCCAGGCACCUCACUGGUGACGUCAUUACCUGGAGCGAGCCCAUGGUCGAACUCCAUGGAGGAGUUACAAAAUAUCCAUUUGACCCUUGUCAUUAAGGAUCUAAUGACCAGCCAUCCCAAAAAGAGCUGAAUGUUCCACAGCUGCAGUUGAGGUUAUAAGCCACAAAGCAUUUCCUCCCUAUCGCUACUUUACUUGCAGCUUGAAAUGUGGACAAAUAUAAGUCCAGAUUGCAAGAUGUUGAAUGCUAGACCAAAUGAAAGGACUCUGACAGUAGCUGCUACUGCAGAGAUUCUCAAGGCAGGCUAAUAGGAUUCACUAUUAUCCAAAAAAAGUUCCAUAUACGCCUUGGGCAUUUACCUAAGCACUUUAUUAGUUUAAGUGUCUAAGAUUUGCAUACUGCAUAUUAAUAGGCACUCAGGUUGUCAACACAGUGGCUAAAAUCCCUUUCAAGUUGGUUCACUUCCAAGUGGAGUGUAAGAACUGGAUAAUAAAAUAACUUAGUACACUGAGCAUAUGCAAAAACACUCAAUAAAUAAAUAAAUAAAAACAACAAUUACAAUUUGUAUAGACUAGAUAUAAAUAUACUAGACUGAAGUUGAAGAGGAGGGACAGAUUGGAAGAUUUUCUAUUUAUUUUAUACCCUUUUUUUCUCUCAAUUUGGAAUGCCCAAUUCCCACUACCAAGUAGAUCCUCACGGUGGCACGGUUACUCACCUCAAUCCGGGUGGCGGAGGACAAGUCUUAGUUGCCUCAGCUUCUGAGACAGUCAAUCCACACAUUUUAUCAUGAAGUGGAAGAUUUUUCUAUCUCUGUACAAUUCAAGUGAAAUACAAGAAAUCUUUUUUUGAUUUCUUUGGCUAGAUUCAGUUGAAUUGGCUCUAGGCAGCAUGGAGGAAACAAUAAUUUUUAAAGGUCUACUUCAAGCGUUUGUAUUACAUAUAAUUUAUAUUGCAUUUUUUGAAAAGCCUAGACUCCAAUUAAUGCAGAGUAUAAUUUGUUACCCAAGGUGCUUUUUCAGUCUUACAAUUAAAGAAAAAAACAUCCAGAGAAACUAUAACAAUAUAUUAUAUACAUUCAAGAUUGUAUUAUGAAAAGCAAGAUAAGGGUUUUCUUACAUGUCCAUGGACAGGUAGGCUGCUGUCAUGGCAUUACAUAUGCACAUGUCAGAAAACUAGGAACUGAAUGAAAAUGUUGAGGUGUCCAUGGCAACAUAGCUUAAAGGGGAUUAAACAGCACUAUCUGAUUUAGACUCUCUCCCUUUCUACAUGGUUUUAUAAUACAUAAUAUACAUUUUUUUUGUGUGAAAUAUAAACACACAUGCAAUUGAAAGAUGAACAAAUCUCGAUUUACAGUACAUACCACUGAGCAGUUUUUGUUUGCACUUUGUAAUUGUUAUUAUGUGAAACAUUGGUUUUUAAAUGCUUUUAUUCAUGUUCUGUAGUAAAUUGUUUUGAGGACAAGUGAUAAUCAAGUGCAGAGACAUAUCCAGUGAACAACCCUACAUGUUGCUUUGUCUUUAUUUAAUGCUGAACUUAUGCAUAAUAUGUUUUUUGAUUACAGUAACACGUUUUUACUUUAUGUGGGGCUGUGUAGAAUUCUUUUUACAAGCAGUUUGUCUGUUUACUACGUUUUCCAUGUUUAUUGCAAUUCAGUAUCAUUCAAAAUACCAGGCCAAUCUGAGCAACAAUAUGUUGUUUAGCUAGAUACUCCAAGCCCUCCUUAAAAUUCAAACCUCCAGCAUUUUGUUAAAAUGAUUCUUUUAAAUAAAAGUUGGAAGUAUUAGAUUAUUACUGCAUUUUAUUACUAAAAACCCAUUCUUUCAAACUUUUCAACUUGAUGGCCAAAUGUAUACAUAGGAAUAGCCUGAAUUGUCAUGUUUUUUGUUUUUUUUAAUAUCAAAGGAUACUUAACAUAUUUACCAGUUAGAUCAUUGUUCAACUUGUUUUAUGUAUGCAUGCUCUUGUAUGUUUUUGUUUAUGUGUGAGUGUGUGCAUGUGUUAAAAACACUUUACAAUUUUAAAACCGCUUAACCUCGCCUUUGGUGUGUAUAUCUUUAUCCAAAUGCACUAUUUAGCAUUUUUUUCCCCCUUCUCUCUUUCUAAUAUCAUUGAUGUAUAAAGAUGUAUGUAUAUAUCAGAUUUUAUGUGAAAAAGAUGUAUAUAUCAGGUAUUCAUUAUUAACAAUAUAUUUGGGCACAUUCUUUAUGCCUGUAAGCCAAAAUGAACAAGCUUAACUUGAGA